AUGAUGUUCUCAUUCCAUGCCGGCCACUCUUCUCCACAUGGUGAGGCCUUGAGAGAACCCAAGCCGAAACGCGCCAAGAUCAGAAUUGCCUGCAAUGUAUGCAAGGCCAGGAAAACCAAGUGCGACGGAGCUAGACCAAUCUGCGGUCCCUGCUUGAGACGGAAACGAACCUCGUAUACCACAGCCUGUGAAUACCGUGAGGGUGAUAUCAGUGAGCAGUCAAGCCGCACAACUGAACAACUACCAGAAGACUACCCACAAGCCAAUGAUAAUGAUGACGCUACCAGCAACUUCAGUGAAUCUGUCCCAACCGGCGGCUUAUUUGGUGCAUCCAGUGGUGCACACUUUCUACAAGAUGUCGGAAGUCAGCCAGGUGCAGCAAGUACCCCUACCAAUAAAAGACAAACACGGACUCCAGGUCUACCAAAAGCACUGAGAUGUCUGCCGAAAUUGCAUAAACGUACCCAGAAAGCACACACUGAUGUGCAAUUUGCUGUUCCACCAAGGAAGCAGGCAGACAAGCUUCUGAGCCUCUAUUGGGACUAUGUGGACAGCGCCUACCCCUGGCUAGACCGACCUUCAAUUGAGAACGCAUACGAGACCCUAUGGGUUCAUGACGGUGAACUGAUGAUGGACGAGACCGUCCUCCAUUGCCUUCUGAAUCUCAUGUUCGCCACAUCUUGUGUCGCAUCUCAAGGGGCAACCCCGCUUGACCGCUACCAGUCCUCGGUUGUGUUCUUCGACCGAGCUCAGGCGCUGAUGUCGUACAAUCUGAUGGACAUGUACAACAUCGAAAUUAUUCAGAUACUGUUGCUCACAGCUGUUUAUCUCCAGCAUGAAAAAGAGCCACAGAAGUGCUUCCGGAUUAUUGGGACUGCGAUUCAUGUCGCCCAGGAAAUCGGAUUACAUAUUCCUGAAACAACGCAGGGGAUGGACAACCCAAAAGACCGAGACCUAGCGUGCCAGGUGUGGAAUGGAUGCGUUAUCAUGGACAGAAUCUGUGCCAUGACUUUCGGCUGCCCCCUCAAAGUUCCUCGAUCUGUUGCACAAGAAGGGCUGAACGCGCUGGUGCUCAAUUCCGAGGAAUCCAAUGGAGAUACUGUAACCCCCAGCCUACCAUCGAAACUAAACUUCUACAUAUCAUUUUGCCGACUACAUCACAUCAUAGCAGAAGUACUGGAGACAUUUUACUCCAUCGAUGAUAGCACGGCGCGACAUCAUUUAUCCGAAAAUCGCAACGACCGUGAGGGAAGCUGCGCUGUUCUUUUCGAUAAAUUUGCGAGCCUAUUUCGCAUCGAUUCUGCUUUGAAACACUGGGCUCAUGGCCUACACCCCUUUUUUCAGAUGCCGUCGGAACUGGAGGAUCCAACGCCGACCAAGCACAUCACUCGUGAAGCCAAUAUCCUACGCGCCAGAUAUCUUUCAGUCCGGCUUCUGCUGUUCAGGAUAUUGCUUAUACAGAUCCAUCAACAGAAGGCAGAAAGUGCCCCCAGUACCGGUCUCUAUGCAGACGAUGACCAGAUUAUGCCCCACGUGGUUUUCCAAUGCCAGGUGAACUGCACAAAAGCGGCCGUUGACAUGGUUGAAUUCAUCCUCCGGAACUCCCCGGGGCAGAAACAAGCGUAUAUUUUACCAUCCAAUUGGUACACUGUCUCAUAUGUCUAUAUGGCUGUCACAAAUUUGCUUGCGGCUCAGUCGUCCCCGCAGAUAGUCGAGUACUUUUCUGCAGAUCGCUUGCAGCGCAUUCUGCAACAUGCUCGAGACAUUCUCCAGGAUUACGAGGAACAUACCACGCUGGCAUCGAGGUGCCGUUCGGCAUUAAAUUUGAUCGAGCAGAGCAUUGGUCGGCGUGAAUCGAUAGCGAAUACAGGGCACCCUGAUGCGUCACCAGUUAACAGAGGUCAUGAAAACACAUCUGUGCAGGACUUUGUCUUGAAUACUCAAGAGCCUCCGCCAACCAUAGGAGAUGAUCUGGGAAUAGUGGAGAAUUAUACCUUCGAUUGGAACAAUUGGCCCAUGUUCUUCGCGCAGCUCGGAGACGACACACAGCUCACUCAAAGCUGGAGCCUGUAG